AUGGGAUGCUUCACAGUGUUGAAGAGUAAGAAGAAGAAAUCUGAUCGUAACUGUUACAUUAGACAUGUGAACCCACUGGAGCAUUCACCAUCAGUUUUGCCUGAACCCCCAAACCGUACACGUUCUCUGCAAUCUGCACCCCCGAGCUUCAAUACCAGAAUCAAACCUAUACAAUCAAAUGGCGGUGGGGUGAGCAGUAGCAGAAUACGAGCAUUAUCGGCCCCAUCAAGUCUAGAUGCUGCCGAACAAGACGAACUUUCAUCUGCCGAAUUAGAGGAUAAUGAAGAACCGAGAAGUCGGAUUGUGUCCAUAAAAGAAUAUAAUAAUUCACCGACUCCUCAGCCUCUUCCCCUCCCCUCACCCUCACCCCGUGGUUCUAAUGCUCUUAAGGCCAUGGCAAGCUUUAAAAUGAUGAAUGGAGGUGAUCCUAUUAAUAUCUCCGGGCCCCUUCCCCUGCCACCUGCUUCACAUAUGGCUCUCAUGGCUAAAGGGACACUUCCCAAUUUUUCCUAUGAAGAACUUGCAUCUGCAUGUCGUAAUUUUUCUCCUGAGAGAUGUGUGUCUGAAGGUUUAUCUUCUGUCAUAUACCGAGCUUCUUUUGUGGAGGAUGCAUCUGGAUCGAAGAAGCUUGAAGCCACGGUGACUCGUCUUCACCCUUGCAACCAGGGUUUCAAGGAAUUUGUGAAUGAUGUAAAUACGCUAGCAUCUUUGCAACACCCCAACCUCUGUAAAUUAAUUGGAUAUCAUGUGCGUGAAGGCUCAGACCUCAGGAUGUUGGUUUAUGAGAGGCUAUUUCAUGGGAGUCUGGAUCGGCUUUUAUAUGGACGAUCAGAUGGGCCACCGCUCGACUGGAAUAGCAGAAUGAAAGUUGCGCUGUGUGCUGCACAAGGUCUUACCUUUCUGCAUGAGGAGGGACCUUUUCAGGCAAUGUUCCAUGAUUUCUCGACUGCAAAUAUACAGAUUGACAAGGAUUUUAGCGCAAAGCUUUCUGGGUAUGGCUGCAUCAACCAUAUUCCUGAAGCGGAUGUCUCCAGCAGCUCAGUCGCCGUGGCAAAUCUUUCGGUGGAGACUCUGGAAAGGGGCUUAUUAACACCAAAGAGCAACGUGUGGAGUUUUGGGAUAAUGCUUCUCGAAUUGCUCACAGGUAGGAAAAACCUCGAUAGCCGUCACUCGAAGGAAGAGAGGAAUCUAGUCAAGUGGAGUCGGCCUUUCCUGGCAGACGAUUGCAGGCUGACCCUCAUCAUGGACCCUCAGCUGAAGGGCCGUUUUCCAGCCAGAGCUGCCCGGACUGUAGCCGAUAUGGCCCAACGGUGUCUCCAGGUGGACCCCUCCGAAAGGCCCACGAUGAGGUUCAUCGUUGAGCAACUUAAGACCAUACAGGACAUGAAGUGCACGUCCCGUUUUCCUCUACAGGAGCCAGGGGCAAUUAGUGGAAAACAGAUGUUUAAAUCACCUAGUUUUAAUGGAAUUGUGGCAAAGGCCACAAAAUCCAAUCUUUCUCCUUCUCUUCCGGCAAAUAGGCCUAAGUUUAUUACACCUCUAUACGGGCUGCCGUUGGUUCUGCCGCCGCCCAGGAUGAGUUCAUCUACGUUUUUGCUGGAGGAAAGUGAUAUGCAGGAAAAACGUAGAUCAUCGUCCUCCAAUGUACGUAGGUCUAACGUUUUAGAUUUUGAUAGUUAG